CCGAAUUUCAAUUCAGCGCAACAAACACGUCAGAUGUCUCUCAACGACCAAGGAAGCGCAAUUACAGGACAAGGCGAGCUAAACGUGGAUGUCUCUGGCUCUCGGUCGAGCUCAGCACACCUUCAGACGUCUCGCAACAGCCAAGGAAGUGCAGUUACAAGACAAGGCGGGCCAAAUACGGUCUCUGGCUCACAAUCGAGCUCAGCACAUCUUGAUCGAUUGAACACAUUGGAUCGGGGAUUAGACACGCUACCUUACUCAUUUCAACAGGGUUUACUACUACUGGACGGCUUCGAUUCACGCGGUUUUAGACCAGUGGAAGACUUUAACUCACACGAUUUCCUUCCAGUGGACGGCUUUGAUUCACACGGUUUUCCACCAGUAGACGGCUUUGAUUCGCAAGGGUUUCCACCAGUAGACGACUUUGAUACACACGGGUUUCUAAUAGUAGAGGGCUUUGACACACACGGGUUUCCACUAGUAGACGGCUUCGAUUCACACGGUUUUCUUCAAAUGGACGGCUUUGAUUCAAAUGGUUUCCCACCAAUGGACGACAACUUCAACUCACGCGCUCCCUAACAAGGACAAACCCUCUGGUACCUACAAAUUCCUAUCAGCAGAUCGCUUUAGCUUACGCGAUCUCCGGCGGGCCAAUGUAUGUGUACGAAGACAACACCACCACUGACGAACGCAUAUUUAUUGGGUGCACGGUAGACACCCGUCCCGCGAGGAAAGGAUAUAGUUGUCUUCCCAUCCGAAACGUAUGGAGAUGGAGAUCCGUCCAGAACCCUAGCACAGACAAGCAACUGCUCAUGCUUGCCAGCUACCCAUGCUCCUUAGAUAGGAUCUCUUGGUCUUGCUAGGCCGUAGCGCCUUUGUGCCUGCUGUAUUAUUAGCACUAGGUAUCAGGAUCUCUCAGUAAUAAUGCUUACCGUUGCAAAUCCC